AUGCUGCGCGCCGCUCUGCUGGCUUCGGUCAUAUCACUCGUGCAUCUUCUACUAGUCACCGCAGACGAGCUUCAAUCUCCCCUCAACGAUGAUGCUCAACGGUGGCAACGACCCCAGCGCAUAGCAAUUAUAGGCGCAGGCCCCGGUGGCUCCUCAGCUUCGUACCAUCUCCGCAAGUUCUCCCAGUCGUCGACGGGUCCCGAGGAAAUCCCCCUCGAGAUCACCGUCUUCGAGUCAAACCCUCACAUCGGCGGACGAACCACGACAGUCAACGCCCUCGAUGAUCCACGCUACCCUGUCGAACUGGGUGCCAGCAUCUUCGUCAAGAUAAAUCAUAUCCUCUACAAUGCAACCCGUGACUUUGGACUAUCUUCCACUGUCAAGCUGUACGAGUCCGCGCCGGAGUCGAAGUACGAGCUGGGAAUCUGGGACGGAGAGCACUUCGUGUUUAAAGCCGCAAGAGACGAUGACGACGAUAACAAAUCCUCGUGGCAGGGAUGGUGGGACAUUGCAAAGUUGAUCUGGCGGUACGGGCUUGCGCCCAUCCGGACCAGACAAGCCACGAGGACGGCCGUGGGCGAGUUCCUCAAGUUCUACGAACAGCCCAUCUUCCCGUUCUGGAGUAUCCAAGAGGCCGUGGACGCGACAGGGCUGGACCAAUACACUGGCGUCUCUGGGAAAGAAGUCCUCCAGCGUGCGAAAGUGGGGGCUUCGUUCGCCCGCGAGAUCAUCCAGGCGAGCACCCGCGUCAACUACGCCAGCAAUCUCGCGGGCAUCCACGGCCUCGAGACGCUAGUUUGCAUGGCGAUCGAGGGCGCCAUGGCCGUCGAGGGCGGCAACUGGCAGAUCUUCGACAACAUGGUGUCCGGGUCGGCGGACGCCGUGUAUCUCAACACAAGCGUCACGACCGUCACUAGAGGCCACGGCCAGCGAUACAACCUGACAACCGGUAACGAGGAGGUCAAUGCGCAACUCGCUUCGCAUCCUAGAGGGAACGAGUUUGACGCCCUCAUCCUCGCGGCGCCGUUUCAGUUCGCAAACAUCACAUUCACCCAGCCGCUGCGCAACCCGCCGGAAAAGAUCCCCUACGUCGACCUGCACGUCACGCUUUUGGCCACGCCGCAUCGUCUCUCAGCUGCAUUCUUCGGCCUCGACGACCCAGCGGACGUGCCUUCCUCUGUGCUGACGACUCUGUCUGCCGAGAUGUCGGAGAAGCUGGGCGAUAGAAGGGGCGUCGAUGCUGUGGGUCCGUCGGGCUUCUGGUCCAUCAGCACUCUGGACGUGCUGAAUCCAGCCACCGACGGCGUCUUCUGCGGACCAAUGGAGAAUUGCACGAGGAAUGGCGCAGAGGAUGAGAAUGAGGACGACACGCAAUACCUGUACAAGAUCUUCUCUCCCGCGCCGCUGACGGGUACAUUCCUCUCGACUUUGCUCGACUUCCCGUACACGCGCCCAUCCGCCGUCGUCAAGGAUCCCGUAUCCGCCAUCUCAAAGUCAGAAAUAACAUGGCUGCAUGAAAAGGCUUGGCACAGCUAUCCCUACGAACUGCCCCGCUCGAAAUUCGAACCCUUCAAGUUGUGUACGGGGUCCUUGUGUGCAGAGGCCGGUGGUCCUUCGGAGGGCAUGUGGUAUCUGAACGGGAUGGAGAGUUUCAUCUCGACAAUGGAAACCGCCGCAUUGAGCGGUAUGAAUGUGGCGAGGUUGGUGAUUGAUGAUUGGAUGUCGGACAUAGAGACAAAAGGGAGAUGA